AAAAGUAGUUGCUUGAAUGAACGAACGAACGAGCGAAUAGGCUUGGCCUUGGCUGGCUUCACGAGCACUGGCAAUGGAAGUUCCCAAUUCAAAGGCCAAGCUUCUCUUGGCAUUCUUCUUCUUCUUCUUCUCCUUUAAGGGUCAGUUUCUCUGUCUAUUUUAUGCUUUAUUAGUUAAUUCUUCACAGGUGGUGGCGUCUGGGUCUGUGGUUAAGUCUCUGCCGGGAUUUGAAGGACCCCUUCCCUUUGAACUGGAAACUGGGUAUGUUGGAGUUGGUGAAUCGGAGGACGUAGAGCUGUUCUACUACUUUGUUAAGUCGGAAUCGAACCCCAAAGAGGACCCUCUUGUUCUUUGGCUCACAGGAGGCCCGGGCUGCUCUUCAUUCUCUGCUUUUGCUUAUGAAAUUGGUCCACUGAAUUUUGAGCAGAAUCAGAAAGAUGGGAGCUUCCCCACAUUAGUCUUGAAUCCAUAUUCAUGGUCUAAGGCAGCGAGCAUAAUCUUUGUAGACUUGCCUGUUGGUACUGGAUUCUCCUAUGCAAGAUCCUCAACUGCUGCUGAGUGCAGUGAUUUGCAAGCAUGUGACCAAGCAUAUCAGUUUCUAAGGAAGUGGUUAAUUGAUCAUCCGGAAUUCCUCUUGAAUCCAGUUUAUGUGGGUGGAGACUCAUACUCUGGCAUUACUGUACCAGUGGUUGUUCAGGUGAUAACAAAUGGAAAUGAAGAGGGUAUCGUACCAUUUAUCAAUCUGAAUGGAUACAUACUUGGGAAUGCAGAAACUGAUCCUGAUUUUGAAAGCAAUUAUAGAAUCCCAUUUGCUCAUGGAAUGGGACUAAUUUCGGAUGAACUCUACAAGUCUUUGCAGAGAAAUUGUCAAGGACAGUAUUUCAAUGUAGACCCCAGCAAUACAAAGUGUAAGCAGGACGUUCAGGCUUACCAGGAGUGUAUAAGUGGGCUUAAUACUGCACAGAUUUUGGAACCAGCGUGUGGUUUUGCUUCACCAAAACCACGCACAUUAUUUAGUAAAAGAAGAUUUGUUCAGGAAGAAUACAUUAAGUUCGUUGAUCCUGAUUCACCUCUGUGUGCAUCCAGUCGUGUAACUCCCCAUUUUUCUUCAAUUGAUGGAUAUCGGCUUUCUCAUGUUUGGCUGAAUGACAACGGUGUCCGAGAAGCUCUCCAUAUAAAAAAGGGGAGCAUAGGGGAAUGGAUAAGAUGCAACUAUGGAUUGCCUUAUAAGAUCACAAUCAGGGAGAGUUUCCAGUAUCAUGUAAAGCUCAGCAGUAAAGGUUACAGAUCUCUUGUAUACAGUGGUGAUCACGAUAUGCUUUUUACAUACUUGGGAACGCAAGCAUGGAUAAGGUCUCUGAACUAUUCUAUCGUUGAUGAUUGGCGUUCAUGGGCUGCUGAAGGCCAAAUUGCUGGUUAUACAAGGACUUACUCCAAUGGAAUGACGUUUGCAACAAUUAAGGGUGGAGGCCACACAGCGCCAGAGUACAAGCCUCUUGAAUGUUCGUCUAUGUUCAGAAGAUGGAUAUCGCGUCAACCUCUGUGAUAGUCUCAAUCUUACCCGGAAGGCGGUGAUGUGUUCCAUCAAUCUCAAGCUGGAAAUGCCGAUUGUAGACCUGGUCAUUGCCCAUUAUUUUUCAAUAAGAAACUGAGUUCCUUAGUUUUAGAUGAGUGGAACAGACCCAUUCCCAAUAAAUUCUCUGACAUGUGAAGAGAUUAUGACAAAUCUAUUCAACAUUAAUAAAAUAAGUUAAAACA